AUGACUACCAAACGUUCCGAGUUCGAGGCUAUUUUCCAGGAGACUAUCGUCCCAGAGCUGAUUGCUGAGGUGCACAAGACCGGAAUUUCUGACAAUGCUGUGGAGUGGAUAGCAAAGAAUCUUACCCACAAUACCAUGGGCGGGAAAUACAAUCGUGGUAUGACUGUACCGGAUACCUACCGCAUUCUUCUUGGAAAAGACAAGUUGAGCCCCGAAGAGUUCAAGCAAAGUGCUAUUCUUGGAUGGUGCACUGAAUUGCUCCAAGCUAUGUUCUUGGUCGCCGACGAUAUCAUGGAUAGCUCCAAGACUCGUCGUGGCUCUCCUUGCUGGUACCUGAUGCCAGAUGUUGGAAGCAUUGCCAUCAACGAUUCCUUCAUCCUUGAAUCCGCUAUCUACAUUCUGUUGAAGAAACACUUCAAGGGAACGUCCUACUAUAUUGACCUUGUUGAACUCUUCCACGAGGUCACCUGGCAAACCGAGCUCGGUCAGCUCGUAGACCUUCUCACUGCUCCCGAGGAUAACAUUGACCUCAGCAGGUUCAACUACCAGAAGUACUACUUCAUUGUCCGUUACAAGACAGCCUUCUACUCUUUCUACCUCCCCGUCGCACUAGCGAUGUACCAGGCUGGGAUUGCAACCCCCGAAAACCUCUCGCGUGCCCGUGAUGUUCUCAUCCCGCUAGGAGAGUACUUCCAGGUCCAGGAUGACUACCUUGACUGCUACGGCGACCCAGAACACAUCGGAAAGAUCGGAACCGAUAUCCAGGACAACAAGUGUGGAUGGCUUAUUAACAAAGCUCUCGAGCUUGUGACCCCUGAGCAGCGUAGAGUGCUCGAUGAAAACUACGGCCGUAAGGAUGCUGCUUGUGAGAAGGUCAUCAAAGAUAUCUACUUGGAGCUCGGGCUUGAGGCACACUACCAGGCAUAUGAGAGGAAAUCCAUUGAGAUGAUCAAGGAGCUCAUCUCGAAGGUUGAUGAAAGCCAAGGGCUGAAGCAGGACGUGCUUCUGGGUUUCUUGAACAAGAUUGCUGGAAGAAGCAAGUAA